AGGCAGAAGCUUAGAGCACAAAGAGACUUGCAAGGUGAAGGCUCAUAGGAAGCAAUGGAGUAUCUCUGUGUUGUCGUUUUACUUUUCUCUGCUGUGGCAACACGUGCUGACCCAUGGAGACAAUGGCAACAGGGAGACAGUCGAUUCCUCCCAUUUGGCGGACCUCAACAAAGUCCAGACAGACACCCUAUGAGACCCAAUGGUAGAGAUCCCUGGAUGAAGGAUGGUACCCGCCGUCCAUUUGGGGGCCAGCCAAUAGGUGGAGGAGAAGAGAACUCUAGACCAAUCGGUGGAGGACCUAUGUGGCAAGGAUGGAAUAUGGGUGGAACGGACAACCCAGGAUGGCCCGACCAGGAUCAAAUGCCCUCUUGGUACCCAAACAGACCCUCUGGAGGCCCAGGAAGUGGGGACACUCAGCGACUAAUGGGAGGGCCCAACGGGGAGACCCGCCAGUCUGGAGGAUCGAGCGGGGGGGGACCCGAGUCUGAAGGACCCCUCGACUACCCUGAUCGGGAUUAUAAAAGGAGAGAGGAUGAAGGUCAGUGGUGGAACCAGGGAACCAUGAGAGGAGACCGAGGAUCAUCAUCCCAUGCUUAUCUUCCACCUGUGACAGGAUCUGACUUUGGGUAUGCUCCCAAUGGACCUGGACCGCACCCUGGCCAGGGCCCCCUUCGCUGGCCAGGGGCCCAAAGGCGUAGACCUGCAGGGCCCCCAAGAGGAGGAAGACCCAACAUGAGAAACCUUGAUGCAAGGCCUGACAGGAACCCCAUUCGCCCCUCAGCUGUUCCAUCUGGAGCAGGUGGACGGCCCCCAUUUGAUGACACCUUCUUUGGAGGAAGACCGUUGCAACCUGAGAUGGUGGGCAACAGAGAAUUCAUCGCCAUCUUUCAGGCUGACAAUGUGACUUUACAGAAUGCUAGUGGUCUGCCCCUGAAAGAGGGUGAGAACAUUUUCCUGCUGCCAAAGGGAGGAAGAAGAACACCCCCACCAAGGCAUGGACAUAAAAGACCUCAAGAAUUAGGGUUUGGAUACCCAUACUCAUCUGGUUUUCAGCCUUACCUGAAGCUCAUCUACAACCCCUCAGCUACAAAUAAAAUCUCAUUUGAAUAUGGGAUAACAACACUUCUCCCAUCGUUCAUGAAGGCUGAGGAGACAAAGACUUGGGAAGAGGAAGGAAAAUAAUAUGGUGGAUACAAGGGAGAAGAAGCCCAAGCCUUGCAUCUGGAUUGGAAUCGUUGAUUGGAUUGAGAUUACGUUUUUGACAUAUUUUCAUAUCUAUCUGGAGUACAUUCAACUUUACAGCUGAACUAUGGAUUUUUAGUUGCUAAAUGUUUUCCUAAAUACUAAUACAUUUCUUAACUCAUGAAACCAAACAAUCUUUAGUUUUAGCCUAACAAUAUAUGAUUUUACUCAUGGGUGUGGGGAGGAGGGCCUCUUUCUGUCCAGUAAGGUAAUUUCUGGACAAUAUUUCGGUCCAUUUAGGGGACCCCUUUUGGCUCAAAGAGCACCCCCAGUGGCAAGAUAUGUGUAGCCUCUUUAGAACCUAUUUAUAUACAGUACAUGGCAGGUGUUGGUGGAGGUUACUUCUGUGAUAUAAUUUGACACUUUCUCAAACAAUUGCUCUAUAACAUUCAUUAAAACUUCCAGCAUGCAAA